AUCCUGCAGAAGAAAAGGACAAAGUCGAAGUAUUCAGCGACACGCAGGCUUCUGCUAAAGACCAAAUUGCUGAGAAAAGCAGAAUGUUUGCUGGUGAAAGAAAAAGAGCAGAAAAGCAUCGAAAGAGAAAACGCCCUCAGGGAGAGAGCGCCACCCCUCAAACUUUCCGGCCUUUCGGUUCAAGAACUGCAGGACCUAUGUAAAGAUCUGCACCAGAAGAUCGAUAUUGUGGAUGAAGCCCAAUAUGACCUGACUAUAAAAGUUGCCAGAAAUGACACGGAGAUUCUGUCACUAACCCAGAAGAUCUAUGAACUGAAGGGUAAAAUGAAGCGGCCGAACCUGAAGCGGGUGAAGAAGUCAGCAGAUGCCGUGCUGGGAGCGCUCACGGACAACAGAGUCAUGAAAGCGGACUUCAAAGCCAACCUCAAAACAGUGAAAAAGGAAGAGGAAAAGAAGGAAGAGGUCACGGACUGGAGGAAAAACGUGGAGGCCAUGUCAGGCAUGGAAGGCAGAAAGAAACUGUUUGACGCCGGGCAGUAGAUGAAAGCGUGUGAAAUAUCUCCAUCUGAACAUAGGCCUCCUAGAAAAAAACCUAGAGAAAUGUUCAUGGUUUCCAUUACAAUUCCCAUUAAAUCCAUUAGGAUGUA